GUUAAUGAAAGCUACGGCAAGGGAAGUAAACCUUUUUAUAUGUUGCUUUUUCUCCAUGGUUGGCAUUAAAUCAGUAACAAAACAUGCCACAGUGCUACAACAGCCAAUAAAGUUGCAUUCUUUUAGACCAGCGGUCAAUAGCUGGCCGGAUAUUCCAUAAAGAUGGGUUUGCUAUCAGACAUGUUGAGGUUCGCGGCCUUCAUUAGUUUUGUCCUGGCCAUUCAUGGAUCUCCCAACUGCCCAGAGGACUGCUCAUGCUCCCACUCUACCCAAGAGGUUGUAGGUCCUGUCUACAAGGUCCUGUGUGUCCAGAAAGGUCUCCUGUCGAUCCCAGACCUCACCGUGCUGCAGGCGAUUCAACUUCCGGUUGUCUUAAACCUGGAACAAAACGAGAUCAAAUCCGUCUCUAUGUUGGACUUCCCGCCAGGGUUGAAUAUUUUCUCGCUGGACCUGACCAAGAACCCUGAGAUGAAAAUCGCCCAGGACGCCUUCAACAACAUGAACAUGACGCUUAAGAAGCUGGUCCUUGAAGCCAUCAAGAUGACUUUCGAGCAUCCCCUGGCAAUGCUCAACAAGCUCUCUGUCUUAGAGGAACUAUCCCUCAGCCACAACAAUCGUGUGGGGUACGUCACCGGCGCUAUCGAAGACAUCCGGGUGUCUUUAUUCCAAGGUCCGGUCGUCAGAUCGUUAAAAAUUUUACGCAUGUCUAACUGCGGGAUUCGAUCCAUGGUCCAUUCGACUCUAGCGGGUUUACACGCUCUGGAGGAACUUGAUUUGUCCAAGAACAAAUUUGCGCAAGUGCCUUCAACCAUAAAACAUCUGAAGAACCUGAAAAGCUUGUUCAUGUUCAGGAGCGGCUUACACACCGUGGAGGACAACUCAUUCCAAGGGAUGAAAUCCCUAGAGGUUAUCGAACUCAACACGAACACGAUCAAAACUUUGUCGAAAGACGCGUUUAAAGGGCUGGAACAUUCUUUAAAGAAGCUUCGACUUGAUCGAUGCUUUAUGCAACAAAUCCCAACCGAAGCGUUGGCGAAUUUGUAUAAACUGGAGUACUUGGAUUUAUCCCAGAACGCGUUCACCAUAGCCCCGCCUAAAGUGUUUGUAGGUCAUUACUGCCUGCGUACUUUACUCAUUAGUUCCGAGAACAUGGUCGUGGACACCAGCACGUUCGCUGGGCAGGAGACCUGCAUUCGGGACCUCACCAUGAAGCAGAUGAAGCUCACCCGAGUCCCCCGUGAGGCUUUGGUUCACCUGAAGUCCUUGCAGGAGCUUAACCUUGAGAACAACCUCAUCCACCGCCUUCCUAAAAACGCUUUCUUCGGCAUCAAAGCUAUGAUCAUCAGCUUAGCGUACAACAACCUCACCCACAUCGAACCAGGCGCCUUCAACGGCCUACCGAAAAGAGUGAGUAUAAACCUCCGUCAUACUCAUGUAUCGGAUAUCGAUUUCUUGAUCGAUUACCCGGAAGACGCCAUUGAAACUGUCAACCUUGACAACGCCCACCUGUUAUGCAGGUGCUCUAUGAAGUCCUCGCUCAACGCCACGCUGAACGUCAAUAUCCACGGCACCUGCAUGAAGCAGAACCUCGUUCUGAACCUCAACAGCAACAGGUUGGCCGCCAUCUUGGACGAAGCUUGUUUAGAGGAAUCGGCUUCGAAUUCGAGUUCCCUAACCAUGAGAACAAUCACAACACAAAUAGUUUUAUUUUUUGCUAUGUGGUGGGGCACACGUGUGUAAAAACUGCUGAGAAUUAUUUUGUGUUCAGUUAGACGUGUAACGUACAAGAUAGCUAGUGAUGUGGGCGUUAGAGAUUUGUUUUGACAAAAGUGGGAUCGAUUCCUAUAGGUGUCAGUUAAUUCUUGGUUAAAGCUUUGUCUUGACAGAUGCGGAAUCGAUUCCCGGAUCUGUCAGGUGUUUCUGCGUUUGCGCUUUGUCUUGACAAAUGUAGUAUCGAUUCCUGGAUGAAACAAGUGAUCAUUACAUUGAUUUAGCCAUAAGUUUAGUAUGAGUUACUUCUUUCGUCGAUUGUUGUCGAUCUUUGGAAAAGCUGUGAUUUAUACCGUUCCACAGCGUUCGUGGCUACACCAUAGGCCACAGAGAGAAAAAAACUGCACCUCACCCCAUUAAUUAUAAACAAUCAGAAGUUAUUUGAACCUUCCUUGAACCACACAUAUUCUCACAAUUCACAUACUAAUUAACCCUUUCACGCACAUACAACAACUUGGCUCUCAUUGGAAGAGUCACUUGAGUCAACUAGCCAAUCCGUAAUGUCAUCGAGCUCACUCCUAAAUUAAAAAAAAAUCAUUCUCAUUCGAUUUUUAUGUUCACAAUCAUCUAACGUCAUUUAAAAUUUUAA